GAAGUGAAGUUAAAUUUUGUUGUCUGUCUAUUGAAGUUUUGCUUUGUGAUGCUUUAUUUCUAUUUUUAUUAAUUUCAAAUAAAAACUGCAUAAAUCAUCUGAAAUUAUUAACUUAACCUAAUCUAACUUCAAAAAGAAAGAAAUAUAAUUAAUAGUAUAAUUCCUCUUAGCAAGGCAUAAAUCUUGUGUAAAAAAAUGAAACUAAUGUGAUAGAUUUUAUAACGACUUUGGGAAGUCAAAGACUUAUUUUUUUUUAUUAUUCAAUAUAUUUACUUCAAUUUAUCAUGACGGAAGGUGGAACAUCUCCAUCAGAUUCUCAAUUUCAAGCAAAUAUUACAUUUGAAAAUCCCGUUUCUGUAGCUAGUAUAGAAAUUAGCUCAAUUUUUAAAAAUGAAGAUAAAUCAACUUUGAAAUUUAAGUUGAAAGAAAUUCUCCGUUGUGCUGUUUGUUUAGAACUUCGAAGAUCAGCGAUAUUCCAGUGCAAAUAUGGUCAUUUGAUUUGUGCUGGUUGUUUUGGAGAAAUCCUAAAUGAAAGUCGUCUGCAAAAUGAGAUUGCAUCUUGCCCUACUUGCCAAACCACUAUUAGCAAAGAUUUAUGUUCUCGAAACAUAGCUGUUGAACGAACCAUAUCAGAACUUCCAAUGACUUGCCCACACUGUUCACUUGAGAUUGUUCCAGAAAUUUAUAAAGUUCAUAAAAAGAGUUUGUGUGAUAAAAGGCCUGCCAUAUGUUGCAAUCAUUUAAUUGGCUGCCCAUGGGAAGGACCUUACCUUGAAAAAUACAAGCAUCAAGAGCAAUGUAAACAGCUUUAUGCUAAUGGUUAUGAAAUAUUGAAGGCCUUAACUGCAAUGGAUCAGGAAAACAAAGAAGAAGUUCAUCUUUAUGAAAGAAUAUUUGAACUUCUUUCUGUUGAAAAGUUUUCUUAUUUUGAUUUGCAGUUCAAAGCUUCAACAUGCACAUGUGAAAAUAAAGCUGUUACGUAUGAAACAUCCAAGUUUUCUGCAUUUGAUAAUUUGUGGCUUGUGAGUGGAAAUAUUAAAGAAGAACCUUUUGAAUUUCAAUAUAAGUUGAUUUUGAAAACAAAAUUAUCAGGGCCUUUAAGCUUACAUUACCUCUUAGUAAAGGGUCCUUACAGUGAUAUGGAGAUAAAACCUCAAUUACGUCAUUUUACAUUUACAGAUAAAGCAUCUGAAAGCCCUUCUAAUAAUUUAGUUCUUUGGUAUAAUACUGAUUCUCUAGAAACUUUCUUCUUAGCUAAGCGUAUAAAUUUCCGCAUUUUUUUAUUUAUUAAUAAAUAAAUUGUUUCAAAGAUAUUUAUUGUUAAAGUAUUUAUUGGGUUAGCAGGAAAGUGUAAAAUAAAACAAUUCUUUCUAUACAAAAAUAAAGCUUUAAUCAGUCAAAUCUCUCUCUCUCUCUGUUCAAUUAUUUUUUACCAUUUUUCUGGCAACCAUGAUCCCAUGCUCAGAGAACUUCGAGUCCUAAUCAGCAAAAAUCAGAACCAAGUGCAAUUUGAGAUCAUUGUUAUUAUUUAAAUUUAAAGAAAUUUUCAAACUUCAAAAUAAAGGAUUAUCCAACAAUGCAAAGUCAGGGUUAUUUGGGGUGAGGUGUAACUCACAUCCCGCCCAAAAAUGUUAUGGUGAAACACUGUUCUUUUACUGUACUCCAAACUUGUAACUUCAGAUUACUGUUUUAAAGAUGACAAAAUUGUUUAAAUUCUAAGAAUUUCAAUAACCACAAAUUGCACUUGGUUGAGUUUUUUGAUGAUAAGGACCAGAUGUAUGAGUGUUGGAUCAAGAAGUUCCUAGAAAAAUGACGAAAAGCCAUCGGACAGAAUUAAAGAUAUUUGACUGAUUACUAUUAAUUUUUUGCAUACCAUAAAUUAAGCUUUAUUUCACAUUAAAGACAAAAUUACUUUCUUGUCAGCCCAAUAUAUUUACUCAUAAAUUGACUACUUUUGUGUAUGUCAUGCAUAUCUUUCAUUGUUGUUUUAAUUGUUUAGAUUAAGUUGGAUAGUUUUCUCCUUGAGCGAUAAAGUUAAAAAAAAAAAGUUUUAGCUAUAAAAUUCUUAUUUAAUUUUAAUUAAUUGUUCAAAAAGAUUGUGUAUGAAAGAUGUACUUGAAUAAUAUUAGAAUACUAUUAAAUAUUUUUUAGGUGUUCAAAUUUUUUAAACAUUACAUCUUAUUAAUUUUCCGUGUUAUUUUUUGUCCAGUACAAAGUUGUCUUUUACCCAGUCAAUGUUGCUUGUAUAGUAGCUUUUAUUUGUAAAUAAUUAAUAAAUAGCUGUAAAGAAACAUGAAAUAUUGAAUAAAAGUAUUAUAAUUUGUC